UAUAUUUAAAAAAAAAAGUUCAUUUGGGGCACAAACUCAUGUACCUUUUACUGAGGGCUUUCCCUGCUUCCUUGUGAUGGUUUCAGUCACGUACAGGUGAGACAGGUGUGUGUAGAGAGAGACAGGUAGGUCGGUGAUUUGAAUAGAGCACCUUACCCUUAUACAAUAGCCGUGGGAUGACGCUGCCGCUGAGUGCGCGCGCCCGCCAUUCAGACCAGACUGACCUGUUCUGUGCUCCACCUUUUUAAUGAUGGGCUCCUUAUGAGUGACACCACAGCUCCACGAUCAGGUUAAAAACAGUGAGAAGAUACUUAUUAGUCUCUUCACCAACAGCUGCUUCAGCUCCGAAGAGUUUGGACACAACUUCUCAUUUAGUUUUAUUUUUUAAAAACUUACUUUUUUCCCCUAAACUGUAAAUGAAUACUGAAGUCAUCCUGAGUAUGGAGGAACACAUAAGGAAUCUGGGGUGCUGUUAACUGAGGCUGGUAACUCUAAUGAACCAUCCUGUGCAACAGAGAUGUGAAAGAUGGCGGCUGUUAGAGCGAAGUCGAUCCGCCGUGCUGGGAGUUUACUCCGGAGCCGAUCUGAGGGAACUCUGAUUGAUCUGGAUGAUAACGUUACCAUCAAUAACAACAGCCUACAUGGGAGUUAUGUAUCUCAACAGAUGGGCAAACAUUCAGAAUGGCCUGUUCUGCAGCCAGAGGUCCAACACUCAGGACAUGCAACCAAUCCCUUUUGGAACCAGCUCUCAAGAUCAAACCCUUUCCUAGAUGACAUUGUCUGCAGAAACACUGCAGACUCUGAGGUGUCCAUUCUGAAGGAAGAUCCACUAGCUUUGUUUGGUAACAAUAAUGAAGAUUCCCAGAGCACGUCCUCGGAUGAAAACAACUUUGGCCAUCUUCUGGAACCCAAGAGAAACAACUUGAACCGGUCUGGGCGGUGGAGAAGUGCUUCAGAUAUUCUGGACAGCCUGGAGAAAAAGGAAUCUAUCAAGGAGAAGAGUCUCAACACUCAAGGACCCUUCAUGAAACCUGAUUUUGAGUGGCUAAAAAAUGACAGAGAAGCUUACAAAAUGGCCUGGCUGAGUCAUAGGCAGUUGACCAGGUCUUGUCUGGACCUCGGCCUGAUGAAGCAAAGUCCUGGUUGGGCCCAGACUCAAGCCACAGACAUGCAAACCGUCUGCAAGAUCGAUCACAGUGGAGGUUCACUACAGUUACCUGACUGUGAUGUGAGUGCACACAUCCCUCAGGGUCAUAUUCCCUCUGGGGAGGUCCAGGAAAUUGCACUCAAAGCCAGUCUUGAUCCCCCACGUGGACUCAACAAUAACUACACCGCAACCGUGAGCCCUCUAUUAGAAAUCACUCUCAGCAACCUCAACACUAAAGAAGGCAUCGCUCUUGAUGUUAAACUGGCAGCUGAGGUGAAGAACGAUCCCUUGAGCCAGGUAAUGACAACAUUCGUGGGUUUGCUGGCUUAUAAGAAAGAGGGCCCUUAUGAGAAGGUCAAGGACUGUUACGUAUAUAAAGAUAUGUUACAAAUUAAGCUCCGGGAGCUGAAGCCUCACAUGUACAUCAUUGCUGCUGCAGAAGCCACGGUUAUCCAGGCACCAGCCACCUCAGUAUGGGACUACUUAAACCGAAAUCUUACGAUUGCCAUCUAUGGUCCCAAGCACAUUCACCCAUCUUUUAAAGUCGUGCAAGUCAUCUCUUGGCACAAAAAUGUUCCAUCCAGGCUUCCUUUCUCAGACAUCCACAAGGGGAACCGCAACCUUCCUCCAGUUGUUCUGCAGCUAUGGGGAAAGCACCAGUUCGAUCCAUGUGGCCUGAAGGAUUUACACAUUACUACAGGCAUAGUGGACUCGAACUUUAAAGUAAAGUAUGGUGAUCAGAAGAAAGAGGUCAGGAAAGAGCAGCUAAGAAUGGCCAGAGUGAUUCACCUUCCAUUGGAACUCUCCAGGAUGGAACGUAGAGAGAUGGGACCCUUCAAACUUGCCGUCCAGGUAAAGGACUCGAAUUCCCUUCCGUUGACAGACUUCCACAUAACUUCACCUGAGGCUGCUCCCCUCAGGACCGACAAACAUGGCCAGAAGCAUCUUGAUUGCUACAGGGAAGUGACCCGCUCCAUGCCCAUUCUUGAAGAAUCCAUCCAGGAGUUCCCAAAGUUUCAAGACGUGACCGUGAACAUCCAGUGGUAUGGAGUGACCCUGAAAUCAGUUCUCAGACAACCGAGGGUGGACUAUCUUCUGGAGUAUUUUAAAGGGGACACAAUUGCCUUGCUCUCCAGAGAGACGGUUAAGUCUGUUGGCCAGUCAAAAGUGAAGGAGUGGUAUAUCGGCUGUCUUAGGGGAAGCAUUGGCCUGGUGCACUGCAAGAAUGUUAAGAUCAUCCCGAAAGAUCAAGUCAUUGACUUUUCUGCGGUUAAGAUCACGACACAGUCCUUGCUGGACAAUAUGACAUUGCCGUUCAAGAAGCUCACAUACAUGUAUUCUGCCAUUCAGACUUUAGUCACGGACCACAUAACCUGUUGGAAGCCUUUUGCUGAGGCUUUAGGUUACUCAAAUGUCUCUUUAGACUCGUUCUCCAGGAGACAUGCUGAAACAGACAUGGAGAAAGUAGCCCGAGUGCUGGAGAAACUUAAGGAGGACUGUCACACUGACAAAACCAGGAGAAAAUUCCAACAUGAGCUCAUUGCUGGGCUGUUUAAGAUGGAUGCUCAGGGUCUCAUUGCACAUUUAAUCCAGAACACAGUCAUUCUAUCCACCGCUGUUGAGCUCGGUGUCCGGUGGAGGGAACUAGCUGAGAGGAUUGGGAAACUUUCCAAUGCUCAGAUUUCUGGUUAUGAGAAACCGCACCGGGGUAAGAAUGGAGAAGUCAGUGCCCAGUCAAUGUGGAAGCCUGCAUAUGACUUCCUCUACUCCUGGAGUGUGCAGUAUGGUGAUGGCUACCGGGACAUGAUCCAGGAUCUCCAUCUGGCCCUGGAUAAAAUGAAGAGUCCGGUGACCAGACAAUGGAGACAGCUCACCGGCGCUCUUAUCACUGUUAACUGCAUGGAGAUCCUGAGGGCGUCGGCCUUCCCCAAAGCGUGAGAAAAACUGGAACGGAAGCGCUAAGGGGGUGAAAUGAGGCGGGGCUAAGGCUGUGCUUCACCUGAUCUCAGCACUGAGUGGCAUCUGCUGGCCUGGAUGGAGCUCAGUUCAGUAGUAUCCAGUAGAGAAUCGGACUGUACGGUACAGCUCCAGAACCGGCUAAUGGCCUUGAGUUGGGAAAGCUCUGGCAGGGCCUCUGGGUGACUCUGCGGUCUGUACUGAAUGAACAGGGAACCCUUAUUACUCCGUUAUGUAACAGUAAAGCUAUUAAGCAUUGUUGGGUGAUUUGUGAGAGAUCAGUGUGUACAGCACUGAGCACAACCUCACUCUUUCCAUUUCAGCAGAUAGAGGUCAGCUGAAGAAAGUGAAUGCUGUUAAAUAUAAACUAACAUGUAGAAUAUUCCGUAUCCUUGCCAAGACUUUUAAUGCAUUGCUGAUAGUUGGUGAUUAUCGGCAGUAGAAGUUACUCAGCCAGACUGUAAAAGAAAACCAUGUUACUAAACAAUUUUCACAAGUUUAUAUGUUUUGUUACAUCUGUGUUUUGAAACUGUUGUUAAGUGCAGCUUUGUGUACUUUAUCAGAGGAGUCUAUAUAGUAAUAUUGCCCUGUUCACACCUGGUAUUAUCAUGCGUCCUGGGUGAUCCGAUAAUGACAACGAUAACCAAAAUACAUUUUACACAUUUCACUUCUGGCAUCUGAUUUUAAAUGUGUGGCAGUGGCUUAGUGGUUUGCACAGUUCCCAGGACUGUGAAGAGAAUAUCUGGGAUAUUCCCAUUGUGUCUGUGUGGGACUCUACACUGUGUGGGUUUGCUCCCACAGGAAAGAAACAAGGUUAAUAGGAUACUCUCCAAAUGGUAGAUAUCUGUAUGGGUGUAAGAGGUUGAUUUUGAGUGUGACUGUAUGCCCAUAUAUGGAUUGGCAUACAGGGCUUGGUCAACUCCUCAUUCCCAGAUGCAGUCCUCCUGGUGGACGAUAGUUUCCGUUUGAGAGUAGGCUGUGCACAAUUGGCUGCCACUUCUCACCGGUAUGUGUAUAGGUGAGUGCUGAGUGUGAUUGUAAAGCUUCCUUGGGUGUCUAGAAAGGCAAUGUGUAAGUGUUACUUCGUUCAUUCUUUCACAUCAUUUUGCUGGAUUAUGGUUAGAGUCAUGUUACCUUAUCUGUUCACUUGUUUUUGUAGUGUGCUCAGCUAACCCGUACGGACGGUGGAUGAUGUGGUGUGACUGAAAUUACGUAUAUUAUGGCAGGAAAGGUGAUUAGGUAAAUAUUGGCAGGGCUUUGCUGUCAGGCAUAAAUGGAGAUGGUUUGAUGUUCACACUACAGUAAUAUAAUAAUAAUAAUAAUAAUAAUAAUAAUAAUAAUAAUAAUGUGGUCAUAUGAGUGUCUGACCACCUCAGAAUUACGAUGCUUCUCGAGACACCCUGACCGUGAUGUAACAUUCUGCACUGUAUGUUUUAAUGCCAGCUACCGGCCUUGUCCCACAUUAACACAUUGGCACAUCCAAUGCUAAUGCCACAUUGCCAUUUCAGCAACUCGGCUCAUCCAAGAAUGCCAACGCAGCUUUAGCAUUCUGGCAUUCUGGCUUAUCCAUCAUUGCUAGUGUAACAUUUGCAUGCCGGCAACCAGCCUCAUCCAACAAUGCCGAUGUUCAGGCUUAUUUAACCUUACUAGCCUGGCUUUAGCAUGCUGGCAUUCUGGCUCAUCCAACAUUGGUACCAUGUCAUUUGCAUGUUGUAGAUCCAACAUCUCUUGAAAGACCUUAGCAUGUCGGCAACCAGCCUCAUCCAACAAUGCCAACGCGGCUUUAGCAUGCCCCUGUUCAGACUCAUUCAACGUUGCUAGCAUGGCUUUAGCAUGCUAUGGCAUUUGCAGGCCAAAGACCAACAACAUGCAUGCCGUAAAUCCAAGGUUGCUUAUGCGGCUUUAGCAUACUUUUUUGCACGCUGUAGACCAACACUGUGCACACCGUAGAUCUAUGUUGCUAAUCUGGGUUUAGCAUGCUAUUGUUCUGGCUCAUCGUUGCUACCAUGGCAUUACUAUGUCGGCAGCUGGGCUCAUCCCACAUUGCUACCUUGGCAUUUGCAGGCCAAAAAACAACAACAUGCAUGCCAUAAAUCCAAGGUUGCUAACUUCUUUAGCAUACUGGCAUUCUGGCACAUCCAAAAUUGCUAACGCAGCUUUAGCAAGAGGGUGACCAGGCUCAUGCAAUAAUGCCAACAUGGCUUUAGCAUGCUGGUGUUCUGACAUUACUACCAUGGAUUUUGCAUCAACUGUGCACACUGCAGAUUUAAUCCAACGUUGUUAACACAGCUUUACCAUGCCAGAUGUUCAGACUCAUCCAGCAUUGAUAACAUGGAAUUUGCACACCGUAGACCAUAGGCUGAUAACACUUUAGCUUUAACAUACAAGAGUGUGGGCCCAUCCAACAUCGCUAGCACGGUUACUUAAGUACUUAAGAUUUGUGCUAAGGACUCCAUCCAAAUAAGAAAACUGGAAGACUCUUACUGUAACCCGAUCACAAGCCCUUACAUGAGAUGCAUUUAAAAUCAGAUGCCAGGAGUGAACGACUAGGUAUUUUGGAUAUCAUUUGUGAUUGGAUCAUGCAGGACGCAAGUUAAUGCCAGAUAUGAACAGGAUUCUUGACAAACAUACUAGUUAUAAAAACGUUUUAGUAGUUCAGUACUGUUUAGUACUGUUCCUCUGUAACGCACAGGACUACAGAACAGGAACUUCAUAAUGUGCCUUAAACUCCAAAAUCAGUGCCAAUAGAGCUAUUAGUCUGUCUCUCUGUCUGUCUGUCUGUGUUUUUAUUGGAUUCUAUGUCUGUGCCAUACUUACUGUAAUUUUACUAUUUGAGUCUUUUUAUCUGUGCACUUAAAGCAUCUAUAUAAAUAUUUCUUUAUCUAAUGUUGCAACUGUUUGUUUACUGGACAAUAAUAAUAAACUCAUUUUAUCU